CGCUGUUGCUGCUUCAGGCAAGUCACAGCCCCUCAUCGUGCCUCAGUUUCCCCCUCCGUAGACCAGGAACAGUGAUCCCAGCCCGACUUUGUCAAAGUGCUUGGAGAUUUCUGGGGGACUCGGGCAAAGCGUUAUUUAUUAUCGCUCCUUUUGGAAUAAUUAAUUAUCUCUCUUGACGGACCAAUCGCGUGAGCUGUCAGCAGAUCUCAAAGCACUUUACUGAUUUGUUUGCUUACAAAUCAACUGGAUGGACCCUGGCACUCUCCAAAAUCCACCCGUGCCCCUGAGUCACCAGGAGUAUGGUCAUUAGUUGCUUUAUAUAGGUAUCCUUCCCGCUCUCUGAGCCCCUGUGACUCUGGCCUGCUAAGCAGUGACCCCUCUGGGUUGCCUUGUGCUGCACGGAUCCUACAUUCUGUCUAGGGGGCCCUCUGGGCUCACACAACGCUCUUGACGGUUCAAAUCAGGAAAUAAAAGCUAGAGAACGUUAUCGUUCCCCAGAUCACACACUGCUUCACUGCGCACACACGCACACACACGCUCGCCCGGCACUGAGCACCACAGCGUCGGUCUGCGGGAAAACGCUGAGGUAUGGAUGUCCAAGAGAGGUUGGCAUUGGAUAUUUCCACCCGAAAUCCCCAGGACGACUUUGAGCUGCUGCAGAGAGUUGGCGGAGGGACCUAUGGGGAAGUUUAUAAGGCGAAGAACAAAGGCACUGGCGACCUGGCUGCCAUAAAGAUUGUGAAGAUGGAGUCAGAUGACGACUGCACUGCGAUCCAGCAGGAGAUCCUCAUCGUGAAGACCUGCCAGCACCAUAAUAUCGUGGCCUAUUAUGGGAGCUACAUGCGGUUGAACAAGCUGUGGAUCUGCAUGGAGUUCUGCGGGGCCGGAUCUCUGCAGGACAUUUACCACGUCACUGGCCCCCUGUCUGAGCAGCAAAUUGCCUACGUCUGUAGAGAAACGUUGCAGGGUCUGUCUUAUCUUCACACCCAAGGCAAGAUCCACAGAGACAUCAAGGGAGCCAACAUCCUCAUCAACGACAAUGGGGAAGUGAAACUUGCGGAUUUUGGGAUCUCAGCCCAGAUCAGCGCUACCUUCGCCCGCAGGAUGUCCUUCAUCGGCACCCCCUACUGGAUGGCCCCCGAGGUGGCAGCGGUGGAGCUGAAAGGCGGCUACAACGAGCUGUGCGACAUCUGGUCCGUGGGCGUCACGGCGGUGGAGCUGGCCGAGUUGCAGCCCCCCAUGUUCGACGUCCACCCCCUGCGGGUGCUGUUCCUGAUGUCCAAGAGCGGCUACCAGUCGCCGAAGCUAAAAGACAAGGCAAAGUGGACUCCGGCCUUUCACAACUUCGUGAAGGUGACGCUGACCAAGAACCCCAAGAAGCGGCCGGGUGCCACCAAGAUGCUGAGCCACCAGUUUGUGGCCCAGCCUGGCCUGAGCCGGAGCCUGACGCUGGAGCUGCUGGAGAAGCUGCGUAACCCGGACAAGCUGCCCCGCUGCUGUGAGCCGGAGGAGGAAGAGGCCGAGCGGCCACCCCCGGUGCCCCAGCGGAUCCACUCCACACACCGGCACACCCGCGCCGAGCGCAGUAACUCCGACAUCAACCUGCAUCCCAUCAAGAUCCGGACCCGCUGGAAGGAGCCGACGCCUCCGUGCCACGUGGAGAUCUGCCUAGACCUCAGCUACGCCAGCAGCGGCAGCACCCCUGGCUCCAUGGGCAGUGCCAGGGUCAAUGUGUCGGACUCAGACAACGACUACGACGAUGUGGACAUCCCCAGCAGCUGUGACCCGGCCAGGCCCACGCUACCACCAGACACCGACGUGCCACCCCCCCUGCCCCCCAAGCCCAAAUUCCGGAGCCGGUCCGACGAGACGCCCGCUGAGGAGACGCGGCCCCAGCCUGGGGGACAACUCCUGCAGCGCCCCGGCACCCCGGCCUCCCUGGUGCGGUGCUCCAGUGGGCCCGUGGGGAGCUGGACCCCGCACCCCACCCAGCACGCUGACCCUCGCCGCUCCCACCUCUCGGCCAGCUCAGAUCCCACCCUGUGGCCUGGACCCCGAAACGAAGAGCCCCCCAUCCUGCCACCCAAGACAGACAAGAAACGGAGACAGGAUGGAUCCCUCUUCAAGAAGGUCUUUAACGGCUGCCCCCUGCACAUCACGGCCACGGCCACCUGGACGCACCCCAGCACCCAAGACCCACAUCUGAUCCUGGGGGCUGAGGAGGGGAUCUUCACCCUGAACCGGAGCGAGCCGGAGGCCACGCUGGAGCUGCUCUACCACAGCCGCACCUCGUGGGUCUGCUCCAUCGGCAACGUGCUCAUGUCCCUCUCGGGGAAGACCCCCCAGUUGUACUCCCACAGCCUGACCAGCCUGUAUGAGCAGAGCAAGCGGGAGCAGCGCCCCGGCGUGCACAUCGCCCCCCACCGGCUGCUGCCCAGGAAAAACGCCAUCUCCACGAAGAUCGCCGACACCAAGGGCUGCCGGGCCUGCUGCGUGGCCCAGCAUGCGCGGACCGGCUGCCACUACCUGUGUGGGGCGCUGGAGGCCAGCGUGGUCCUGCUCCAGUGGUAUGAGCCUAUGCAGAAGUUCAUGCUGGUGAAGCACUUCGACUUCCCGCUGCCCACCCCCCUGCCCGUCUUCGAGAUGCUGGUGGCGCCGGGCGACGAGUACCCGACGGUGUGCAUCGGGGUGAGCCCGGGGCCCUCGCCCGCCCAGCCGGUCCACUUCCACACCAUCAACCUCAACUCCCUCACCUCCUGGUUCACCCACACCGGCGCCGACGUGUCCUGCCCCGGCCCGGUCCAGGUGAGCCAGGUGGACAGCGAGAGGGUGUUGGUGCUGCUGGACAGGAGCGUGAAGCUCGUCACCCUGCAGGGCACCCUGGUGCGGAAGCUGCCGGCCCCCGACAUCACCUUCGACGUCGCCGUGGAGACCAUAGCGCUGGGGCAGAACUGCAUGCAGGCUUUCUGGCGCCACGGCGUCCAGGUGUGGGACUUCGCCUCAGCACAGCUGAUCAAGGAGCUGCGGGACCAACGCUGCAUCUUCCGCCUGCUGGGCACCCACAGCACGGUUGUCUUGGAAACACGCCCCAUAGACGACACCCACAGCAACCUCUACAUCCAGGAGUGACAGCCCCACCAGUGGGGGGGGGGGCGGACUCACCCCCCCAAGAAGCUGCUCUUCCCCAGAGAGUGUCCACCCCGGGGCCAAGGACCCGCCCAGCCACAUGGGCCGCGACAGAGAAUCAGCCUCCGGUGCCCCCACACUGCACAGACUGGGGGGGGGCUGAGCGGGCCCCAGGGGUGUCAUUGUUUCACCCCCUUUUCCAUACCGUGUCUGUAAUUAUUCUGCCUCAAAAAAGUAGGAAAAUCA